AAAACAACCUCAAACUUGAUACUUAAAGGAGUUUUCAGUGGUUAAACACAGCCGACCUUCUAGUAAACGGCUGGAAUCAUCCCUGUGAGCGAUGGAGGACAUCUACGAAAAUAUUGAAUUCAAAGCUCGUUCAACAUCUCAGAGAGGUCCCAGGAGCUCACAAAGGAGAUGUCACAGAGCUGUUUAUUGGUUUCUGUUGCCCCUGAGUUUUUUCUUUCUGGCUGGUAUCAUCGGCCUCUUCAUCUACUGCCACGACUUAGCUCGUCAUUCGUCUGCCAUCGAAGCAAAUCUUACCGAGCAUCUCCAGGACAGAGAGAACCAGCUGUCCUCCCUGACUGAACAGAGAGACCUGUUGAAUGCAACCCUCACUGAAAUGACUGAAGAGCUGCAAAGACUUCAGUGUUUGGUCAACCAGACUAGAACUUGUCCUGCAGGAUGGAUGUCGUUCAUUGGUUCCUGUUAUCUCUUCUCAGACCGGACUAAGACUUGGCAAGACAGCAGACAAGACUGCAGAGUCAGAGGAGCAGAUCUGGUGGUCGUGGACAGUUUUGGAGAACAGGAAUUCAUCACGGACAACAUCGUGAGUCACACUUGGAUUGGUUUGAGUGACAGUGACAACGAGGGCAUCUGGAAAUGGACGGACGGCACUGCGCUGACUCAAGCGUACUGGGUGAGAGGUGAGCCUAAUAACGAUGGUGGAAAUCCUGGAAUUGAUGAAGACUGUGGUCAUCUCUACGAUCUAUCUCUAAUAAAUAUAAAAGAGGAAAACUGGAAUGAUGACAGAUGUGAUGCGACCAAACGGUGGAUCUGUGAAAAAAAUAGUAGCAGUUAUUGAGUGUUGAAAUUACUCAUUUUCAACUAAUUUACACUGUCUGUUAUUCAUAUGCAAAGGCUUAAUGUGCGUCGUUGUAAUUCUUAUUGAUAGAGUGAUAACAUUUAGUGGUUACUCUUUAUUUUACUGUAAACAAACCAUGACAUGAUCAUUAUUAUUAGGGCACGAAGCACUGACAAGUGCGUAGGGCCCUCUUGAAACCCUAGGAAUUAUCAUUUUUCUUCUUCCUCCAUUUUAAACGCGAUUUUGAGGGCCUGAACGUGCGUGAAAACUCACCAAACUUUCCACGGUCAUCAGGUCUCGCGAUACAUUUGAUAUUUUGGUGGUUUCAGUGGCGCCCUUUUCAAAUUUUCGAAAUGGCCUCCCCAUAGAGGGUUUUUUGACGCACAUUCAUGAACAUUGCUACACGUAUUAAGCUUGUCAGGACGGACAUAAAAUCCCAACAGGAAGUCCACAAAUUAAAGUUGAAUUUCACAAAUAAUCGCAGAUUUCAGCCUUCCUAUUUGAAGGAUCUUGGCCGAGGGCGCUCAUCUGAUCGGUGCAAACUCAGUGUCAGUGUGUUCUAGACAUGUUCAACAUAUCCCGUUGUGCUCUGCACGUUAUUUUGUCAAAGGGCGUGGCCGUGGCGUGCGUGCAACGUUUGAUAUGCAUUUUGGCAACUUGCCAAAAAAGUAAAUGCUUAUAUCUCUGCCAUGCAGUGUUCAAUCAUAUUAAAA